UAUCUACAUAACUGUGCAGCGCUGGCUUCAUGGGAGAGCCUUGGGAGUCCAAGCUUGGAGCAGAUGACUUAUGCAGAUGGUGUGGGGAGCCAUAGCCCCAUCCCCCAGGGCAUGAAGCAGGCAUGGAGGAGAUCCAGGCCCCAGACAUCCAGAGGUCCCCAGAGUGCCAGCUGCGCCAGAGUGGACCGAGCCCCAGGCCAGAGGCCAGAGGGCCCUCCACCCCCCAGAAGGGGCCCAAUCAAGCCACAGGUACCAGGCCCUGCCAAGCAGCCCCCGGGAGUGAGCCGGUGCAUACCUGAGCGCCCAGCCCCGGACACCAAGAACCACCAACGCACCGACAUUUGAGGGCAUCAGCCACCGGCAGGGAGUGCGGUGAGGGGAGAUAG